AUGGACGAUCCAAGGUUUGCACGUAUUAAGAAAGAUCCAAGAUUUAAAUCAUUACCAAAGAAACAACUCAAAACUAAACUAAACAAAAAAUUCAGUUCCAUUCUAAGGGACCCAAAGUUUUCUACUAAGCCUAAAUUUGACAUAUAUGGAAAUAAGAGAAAACAAGAAUCAGAAUUCAAGGAUCAUUAUGAAUUGGAUGAUCAAGAGGAAGAAUAAGUAGCUCAGAAUGAAGAAGAUGAAGAAAGUUAAGUUGAGGAUUAAUCAAAUGAAUAAGAUUAAUAAGAGGACUCUUAAGAAAAAUCAUAAAAUGAAUCUGAUCAAAAUGAAGAAGAACUAAAUUCUGAGGAAGAUAUUUCUAUAUCAUCAGGAGUUGAUAAUUGGGAAGAUGAAGAAUUAGAUUAAAAGAAUGCUCCAAUCAUUUUAUAAGCUACUAAGAGAUUGGCAUUAUAAAAUUAUGAUUGGUAAUAAAUGAAGGCAAAGGAUUUAUUCGUCCUUUUUUCUUCAUUUGCACCCACAGGCUCAUCUAUAUAGUAAGUAUAAGUCUUUGUAAGCGAAUAUGGAAAGUAAAAAUUGGAUGAAGAGAAUGAAUUUGGACCGAGACAAAUAUUCAAAGAUAACUAUGUACCAAAAAAAUAAAAAGACGAAGUCAGUGCAGUCAAUGAAUUGAUAGUAAAAGGACAUGAAGAGGAUUUAGAUGUAGAUCCUGUAAAAUUAAGACAAUAUGAAAAAGAUAGACUUAAAUACUAUUAUGCAGUUAUUGAAUGCGAUUCAGCUAAAACAGCAGAUUAAAUCUAUUAACAAAUUAAUGGAUAGGAAUUUGAAUUAACUAAUAUCAAAAUUGAUUUGAGAUUCAUUCCUAAUGAUGUUGUCUUACCAAAGGAGAAUCUCAAAUAGGAAUGUAAUACAUUACCAUCUCAUAUUACAUCAAACAAUGUUAUCAAUAGAGCUGUUGGACACACAGACGUAAAACUAACUUGGGAGGAUAGUAAGCCUAGAACCAAUUUUUGGAAUAAAAACAUUAAAAAUUUUAAUAAAGAAGAUUUUGAAGAUAUUGUAGGAAAUUAUGAAAGUGAAGAUGAGGAUAAGAUUAAGAAUGAAGUUAAAGAUCUUUUAAAUUAAGUUUAAGAAGAUAAAAAUGAAGAAGAGGAGGAUUGGAGAAAUUCAUUUAAAAAAAAAUCUAAAAGCAAUCUAAAAGUUACAUUCCAAAGUGGAUUUAAUCCAAAUGGUUAAAAUUCGAUUAUUGAAAGAAUGGGUUAGAAGUAAAAAAAUUUCCAUGUGCCAAAAGAAGGCAGAAUUGAUGAUUUCUUUGUUGGAUUCUAAGGAUAAGAAGAGGAUGAUAAUGAGGGAAGACCAAAAGAGCAUUUAAAAUAUUUAGAGAAAAAGAAACUUAAAAAAUAAGAAUUAAAAUAAAAGAAAUUAGAAUAAGCAUAAUUAAAAUUAUUAGUUGAAGAUGAUAAAAAGCCAAAAGUUGGAUUCAAUCCUCAUGAUAAAAGAUUUGAAGCCAUACACACUAAGCCUGAAUAUGCAAUCGAUCCAACUAACAAAUAGUUUAAAUCCGCAAAUAAUGAAUAGGAAUAUAGAAAAAAGCAGAAAUUAAUUUGA